CUGGAGCGGCUUCUCUUCACCACAAUGCAUUGCGCGCCAGUCACUCUCUGACACCUGCAAAAGUAGCAUCCCGCCAGUGAACAUGUCGGACAAAAAACAAACCGUCGACCUGGGCUUACUGGAGGAAGACGACGAGUUUGAAGAAUUCCCAGCGGAAGAUUGGACGGGGCUGGAUGAGGACGAAGACGCCCACGUUUGGGAAGACAACUGGGAUGAUGACAAUGUGGAGGACGAUUUCUCAAACCAGUUAAGAGCGGAGCUGGAAAAGCACGGCUACAAGAUGGAGACGUCGUAGUGGCUGACAGUUUUUGUGGCACCCCUUGGAUAAUACGGACAUUUCUAUGUGAAUAUUACAGGUUGACCACAAAAGAGGAGAAAGGAAGAUGUUUCAUGUGUGCAUUUGUUUCUUUUUGUAAGAGCUGCUUAUGGAAGUAAAAUGUUUAGAGAAA